AGACCACCGUUUAAGAAUUUCAUGAAAAAUAUUAAAAAUGAAGAUGUAGCAAAGAAAACUUAGGAACCCAAGCCUGGAGAUGAUCAGAUUGAAAUUAACGAUAAACAGAGAUACUUAAGUCACAAAACAUGCCCCUGCCAUGAGUUGAUCAGACAGGGAGUUGUGAUGGCAGGCUGUGAUGCUCCAGGUGCUUGCUAUCAUGACUAUGCUAACGACACAGCUUUGUCUCUGUCACUCAAACAGUUCCAGCUGUCCAAAAAUAUCGUAUGUCAGAAGUGUGGACAGUUUCAUGAGCCGUACGGGACUCAUCUUUAUGACUACCACCAAGCUGUAGAUGAAGAUCUCAUGUGUCAAAUCUGCCUUCAGCCAUUGGUAAAUCCUCUGGACACUAAAUGUGGCCAUACUUACUGCUCAAGGUGCUUGAAGAACUACCUCAAAAUCCAGCGACAGUGUCCUGUGGACAGACAGCCCCUGGCUGUUCAUGAUGUACAGUCAUCCAGUAUUCUAGUACGACGGUUACUGGACAAGUUGUUGGUGGUGUGUCCCAAUGUGGAUUACUGUGAGGAGGUCCUGCCCAGGUGUGAGCUGGAGGCUCACCUCCUCCACAGGUGCCGAGGUGCCGUCACUAAGUGUAUAAAGGCAACGCUGGGCUGUACCUUCCAGGGCCCCAGAAGUGCCCUUCAAAGCCAUCUAUGGGAGUGUCAAUUCAGAGACCAAGAUGGAGGAAAGAACCCAGUCCUGGAUGGAGAGGUGUCAACUAUUGAAAUCCAGCGGAGUCAGGCAGACCUUGGCAUCAGUAUUGUAGGAGGAAAUGAUACUCCUUUGGGGUGCAUUGUUAUACAGGAAGUAUUUCCAGAUGGGGUCAUUGCUAAGGAUGGACGUCUAAUGCCUGGGGACCAGAUUCUAGAGGUAAAUGGUGAGGAUCUGACCCAGGCUUCACACUACAAAGCUCAGCAGCUACUGGGACAUUACUACCCUGUAUGUCGCCUCACUCUUUACAGAGAAAAGGCUGAGGAAAAUCGACCAAUAGAAAAAGAAGAAAUAUUGAAGAUAACAUUGAACAAAGUCAAAGGGAAGCAACUUGGGAUUAAACUUGUUGGGAAAAGGAUUGGUCCGGGGGUGUAUAUCCUAAAUCUAGUUCCAGAGAGCCUUGCAGCAUUAGACGGCAGAUUAAGACCCGAUGACAGAGUGUUAGAGAUAAAUGGUGUAGAUGUAUCAUACGGUACACAAGAUCAGGCAGCUCAGGUUAUUCAGACAAGUGAAGACAGAGUCCAGUUUGUGAUAUCUCGGUGCAGUCGUCCUCAGACACCUGAUCUCAUUAGAUCUACUGCAGAUAAUACUGUUGUUCAUCCUAAUUAUGAAAACCAUUCACCAUACAGUAGUCUGAGUGGACAGCAAGGGGAGAAACUUGUCACUGUGUCCAAGGAUGCUCAGGAAUCUCUGGGAAUCAGUGUAGCAGGGGGAGUUGACAGUCCCCGGGGAGAUACCCCCAUCUACAUCACAAACAUCAACAUCACAGGAUGUCUGGGCAAAACCAAACAGGUCAAGAAAGGAGACAUUUUGUUGUCUAUAAAUGGAAAGAGUUUGCUUGGGUUGAGUCAUAACCAAGCAGUUAAUCUGGUGAAACUAAACACAGAGGCAAAGGUGGUCUGUCUGAAGGUCAUUGAGGGGUCAGAAACCUCAUAUGGACAGGGAAACUUCACACCUACGUGGCUGUUUUGGCAGAAAGUUCCAAGCAUCUGUCAAACCAUUAAGACUGUGACAUUACUGAGGAGUCCCAGUGGAAGCCUGGGAUUCUCAUUGGUUGGAGGGUCAGAUAAGGACACAGGACCAUCUGUACCUGUCCAUGUUAAGUCUGUUGUCAUGGAAACACCAGCAGCCAAAGAUGGCAGAUUAAAAUGUGGUGAUAUUCUUUUGAGUGUUAACCAGCAUUCCUUAGUGAACAUAACACAUUCCAGGGCUGUGGAUCUCCUCAAACAAGCUGAUGGUGCUGUUACAUUGACUGUUGUGUCAUGGCCAGGUACCAUUGUCUGACACAGACGCAUUUUGUAACACAAAAUCUCAUUAGUCAAUUAGCAUCCAAUAACAACAUUUAUUGUGCUGUACAUCAACGAAGGACAAAAAAAUCUCAUUGGUUGAUAAAAAAUGACAAAAAAUCACUGAUUUAUGCAAUUUGGUACAGAAAAUCUUAUUGGGUAUUGCAGCGCCUUAUAGGUGUAAUGCUGCUAUAUAAGACUGACCUUUGGUUUAGAAAUGGAUGACAUCUUGUGUAUAUUGAAGUAGUAUUAACUUUCAAAGUUUUUGAUUGGAUGACAUUCAUUGGAUGAGAUAUGAUGCUUCACUACUAGUAAUUACUUUAAUUAAUUAAUCUCUGUGAUUAGAUUCAUUUGUCAGGACUCUUCUAUGACAGAGUGAUUCAAGUUUAAUGUUUUAUGAAGAUUUUCAUAUUAAUGUUUGAUGAUAUUUUAUAAUGAUGAACAUUUGUUUAUACAUGAAUAUAUGUAUCAGCACAACCUUCAAAAGGAAAUGUUUAAUUUGAUGUCUGUUGUGUUUCCAGAAAGUUUAUCUUUGUUCUGGAUGAAAUAUAAAAGUUACUAUGAUCAUUCCAUUUUUGAAGUUACUGCAUUAAAAACGCUGCAUUACUCAAGUUUAGUGCAGGAAUUCUGUUGUCUUGUAUAGCCUCUCUGGGUCCAAAGCUCAAUGUCUCUACUCAGACACUACUCUUCUGUGGUGGUCUGUCUAUGGAUUCUGUGUCAUCUGUAAACUUGUCACAUUUCUUACUUUUCCAGACCCCCACACAAAAUUUCUACCAAAACUUGCCAGAAAGCAUCCUUAAAUGAAGGGGAUUCAAGGUCAUUCAAAUUAAGAACUAUGUUCUCUCAUUCAAAGGGAGGUAAUCUUCUUCUUAACGAAAGCAUGAUAUUCUGAAAUGAAAGCAUCCUAUAAUAGCUAUAGUGUAUAUUAUUUUUAAAUCACAGUGCCCAGGAAUAGGCAGGGGCCAUAACUAAGGAACAUUUGUUUAUUUAGUAAGAAAUGAAAAUAUAAUUCAUUUUUUUUUCCUGAAAGAAGAGAAUGGUGAUGACUCAGACGAGUAUUGUGACCCAUGGUCUUUUUUCCCCCCCAAUAUAUGAUGUAUCUUUUAAGUCUUUAAUAAGAUUUUGAUAAAUCAUGUUUGUAAUUUUAAUUUCAAGUUUUAAAUUAGCAAGAUAUCAACAUUUUCAAAAUGGUAUUUUGUACAAGAUGUUAAUGACCAGAAUCUGUCUGGUCGUCUUGAACCUUGGCACAAUCUUGGCACAAUAUUUAUGCAAUGUUCACUGUUCAUUAUUCUAGUCAUCUUACAUCACCAGUCAUUCUAUUGUUUGAUUUCUCUGUCUUCUUGAAAAUGUCAGAAGAUUUACAAAAUAGUGGAGCUACCAGAUCUCAAACAUUCACUGCUACCUGAUUUAAUGUGUAAUUAGAUCAAAAUUUAGUCUUCUUUGUGUACUGUCUGACUUGGCUAUAAACACUGUACAUGUAAAUCUUAUUAAUUUGAAAAAUCAAUAUAUAACACAAGAACUGUAAAAGAGAAAUUCCAAACAUUUCACAUUGGUUACUUAUUCAACAAAGAUAUGUGAUAUUGUUUGCCUCGGGUAGAAGACAUCAAGAGUAUAUAAUUGUUUUACUGCCUGUAUCACAUUCCUCUUUAUAAAGACAUUCAUCAUUCAUAAUGAAUACAACGUAAAUAAAGGAUAUUUUUAUACACACAUUUUCUUUUAUUACUAAAAAUAUUUAUAAAUAUGAUUUCAUGGAUUUAUUUGAAUUUCUUUGUGAGAAAGAUUUUUUUAUUUGUUUAGGUUUUUUUUACAACAGUUUUUUUUAUGAUUUAUAAUGAAGGUUUUAGCUUUCACAAUUGUACAACAUUCCUGUGUUUUAUCUGUCACUACCACAAACUGUAGUUCGAAGCAGGCACAGAUUUUUCUUUUGAUCUCUAAAUGACUAGUUUAAGUAAAUGUUAAGUCCACUCUACUUGUAAAGGUCAUUUAUUGUUUUAUGAGAUGUUAAUGAAAUGAUUGCAUAUUGCCAUUAAAACUUGUAACUUUUUGCUCUUCAA